AUGAAAAAAGGAUCGCAAUGCAUCGCUCGAACGAUCAAUCUCUCAAAUACGAAGAACUCCGCUCCGCCACGCCAGGUCCAGAAGCUUGUCAACGCGGACGUGAGGACUCCAUGUCCGGACUCUAGAUCAUCGUACAGAAGUUCACGGCCAGUCCCAGUCCGCGUCUGCAUGCGUCGCGACGUCGAGAGGACGCUUCCACCUAAGCUGUGCGAAUGUUCCCAAAAACCACCGCCUGAAACGCUGGUGACGAAAAUACGAUGGUUGGCUAACGGUCUUCUGAAAUCCGUCAUUGCCGCAGGCCUUGUCUACUGGACAACAGCCGAAGGCGUCUGGGGCGACUCUGAGGAAACUGAAAAUCUUUAUGGCCGAAUCGUCAAGUCAGUGUCCCCUGUUCUUCAGAACGUUGUCGAUGUCAAGGAUACGAAGGUUCCACACCUGGAAAACGUGAGGCACAAACUAUUGGACGGUUACAACAGAGCUGUACUGAGUAUAGUGGGACUGACGAUCGGCGUUCCGACGAAGCUGGAGGAAAAGAUAUCCGAG